UUCUGACUACGGUAUGAAGCUGCCAAUCUUGCGGUCCAACGCGGAGGAUCAGAUUCUGUACCAGACUGAGCGCUACAACGAGGAAACCUUUGGCUAUGAAGUUCCCAUCAAAGAGGAGGGUGACUAUGUGCUGGUGUUGAAGUUUGCAGAGGUCUAUUUUGCACAGUCACAACAGAAGGUGUUUGAUGUUCGCUUGAAUGGCCACGUGGUGGUGAAGGACUUGGACAUUUUUGACAGAGUUGGACACAGCACAGCUCAUGAUGAAAUCAUUCCCAUGAGUAUCAAAAAGGGGAAGCUGAGUGUCCAGGGAGAGGUCUCCACAUUCACAGGGAAGCUCCACAUUGAGUUUGUAAAGGGCUACUAUGACAAUCCAAAAAUCUGUGCCCUAUACAUCUUGCAAGGAACAGUGGAAGAUGUUCCAAAGCUGCAGCCGCACCCGGGUCUGGAGAAAAAAGAGGAAGAUGAUGAUGAAGAUGAAUAUGAUGAUGGCUCCAGUGUUAAAAAACAGGCAAAUAAGAACCGGGUUCAGUCAGGCCCACGCACACCAAACCCCUAUGCCUCGGACAACAGCAGCCUCAUGUUUCCUAUAUUGGUGGCCUUUGGUGUCUUCAUUCCUACCCUCUUCUGCCUCUGCCGAUUGUGAGAGGAAGCCCCACAGAGCAUCAGCCAAGGGGCUGGGAGGGAAGGAGUUGGACCAAACACAGUUGCUUUCAAUUUCUCCAUUAUGUUCAUAAUUUAAGGAAAAAAAAAAAAAAAAAUAAAAAAAAAAAGAUGAUUCAUUUGGAAUGAAUAGCAGGUCCAGGUAAGAGGGAGCUUAACUUCCCCCUGCCAGCAAGCAGCGAGGCCCUCGCCUUCCCCUUCGCACCAUGGGCUGCUCCUG